AUGACCACCCGCAACGAUUAUGAAUUUAGACUAUUCAACCGCAUGGCAGAUACUAUGCAAGCACUUACCCGUGUGUUUCCAUAUCUUGCAAUGCGCAUGCCUGCCUUCGCUCGCCAGGAUCAAUUGAUCGCACAGCAUAAAGUGAUUCAUCAAGGCCUGGAAAAGUUAGAGUCGUAUGCACGAGACUGUCUUGGCGGUCAGAAAGACUUUAAAUUGCAUGAAAUAAAGUCGAUACUAGAUUCCUUCGGUAAGACCCUAUGGGAUCAUUUAGAUGACGAGGUCAGAGAAUUGGGUGCAGAACAAACACGAAAGUACUGGACAGCAGAGGAAAUGACAAGGAUGCCAAUGUAA